GUCAAUUAUCAUAAUUACAAUUAUAGGUAUUUGCAUUACCGUUACAUAUUAUGCGAAGAAUCUCGAGAAUGUGGUAAGAAAUUAAGAAGGCUUAAUCGUGGACCUCUAGGAGAUUCUCCGGCAGAGAUCAACAUGGUUCGGUAUAUUCAAUUCGGCGAGACCAGAGCUGAAGUCGUGCCCCAUGCCAGAACAUAAAUGGACCAUUCUCGGAUUUCUGAACACGAGGAAGAGAUACUUCUGUAAUAUGUAAAACAUUGAACGGCUGUAGGAGUUGAUAAUGACCAGCUCGGGAAAUGUAAUGAUAAAGAGAAUACUCAGUUUAGCUGUGCUUUUCAUUAUUACUCUCUCUUUAUCAGCUAUAGCCUACUUCAUGGUAAAAAGGCGCUUGGGCGCCAAAGUCUACUGUGGUGAAAGUGUGGCAGUGAUAUCACCUAUUUGUGAAGAGGAAGUUGCAAAAUGUUGCGACGAACUGGAAACGGAUCCUCACUCUCUAGACAGCGAGACUUGUUCUGAGGCUGGACAUGAAGUAUCUAAUAAAUUGGGUGAAAAUGAAGAGAAGACGGCCUGCGAAGUCUGUUCUGAAGCUGAAGAUGAAGCAGCAUCUGAUUCUCCGACUGAAAGUGGACAGGAGGCGCCUGGUGAAGUCUGUUCUGAAACUGAAGCAGCGACUGAUUCUCCGACUGAAAGUGGACAGGAGGCGCCUGGUGAAGUCUGUUCUGAAACUGAAGCAGCGACUGAUUCUCCGACUGAAAGUGGACAGGAGGCGCCUGGUGAAGUCUGUUCUGAAACUGAAGCAGCGUCUGAAUUUCCGACUGAAAGUGGACAGGAGGCGCCUGGUGAAGUCUGUUCUGAAACUGAAGCAGCGACUGAUUCUCCGACUGAAAGUGGACAGGAGGCGCCUGGUGAAGUCUGUUCUGAAACUGAAGCAGCGUCUGAAUUUCCGACUGAAAGUGGACAGGAGGCGCCUGGUGAAGUCUGUUCUGAAACUGAAGCAGCGACUGAUUCUCCGACUGAAAGUGGACAGGAGGCGCCUGGUGAAGUCUGUUCUAGAACUGAAGCAGCGACUGAUUCUCCGACUGAAAGUGGACAAGAAGCGGCCGGCGUAGUCUGUCCUGAAACUGAAGCAGCGUCUGAAUUUCCGACUGAAAGUGGACAGGAGGCGCCUGGUGAAGUCUGUCCCGAAACUGAAGCAGCGUCUGAUUCCCCGACUGAAAGUGAAGUUUAGGAGUCUGAAACUGAAGAUUCUCUGACUGAAAGUGAUCGGAGUUUGGACGACGAGUGUUGCUUUAAAA